UCGACAUUAUUUCUCUGUUUUUGUGCGUUUAACUUAGAAUAAACAACAAUUCUAAAUGAAAUCUCUAUAUUAUGAAAAUCCAUUUAGUUUAUGUAUUAGACUAUUUAGACUAUAAAAAUUAUAAGACGCAGUAGGUACAUAAUAAAAAUAAAACAAUCUAUAAAUUAGAAAAGGUGACCUGCAAUCUGUGACUCGUGAAUAAAUUUUGUUAUGUUACAACAAAGUUGAACUUGCUGACAUAUUUUAAAUACAAAUGAAAGUGAAGGUUGUAAGAAUUAGAUACCUACAACUUUGUGAAAGGGCUCCAAGAAGUGUGUCGAUCGUAACGAAGUUUGAAGUAUCCGCAGUAUGUUCUAGAUUUGACCGAAAUGGGCUCAUCUGAAGAUUAAUAGAUAUGGAGAGACUUUCUCAUGAUCUUAACCUAGCAUUGGAGGAGAGUAACUGCGGGAGGCAAGAGCGCAGAAAAAUAGGGCUUCGACGUCGUACCAGAUCAGCGGGGAACCUGCCAGCAGCAGUAACAGUGAGCAUUGUCGAAGAUGGCAGCUCAAGUAGUCCACCACAGGCCCCACUGAUCACUCAGCCUCUCUCGGACUCUGAUGACCCUCAACUGAAUCUACACAAGUCUUCCACAAUGAAAUCUCGUCAGUAUUGCCAGAUUGGCAACUUUGAGUCUGAUUCUUUCAAUGAGAACUUCUCUCCAACCCGUCCUGCAAAUGCAAGAAGGAAAAGGAAGUAUAAGAAAAUGCCAGUGGAAUAUGCGGAUGGGAAAAUGUCACCAUCACUUGAAAUAUUAAGUGUGACAACAGAGCUCAAUCCAUUGCCAGGAACCAUCACACUACAGAGUCAGGUCGCAUCCUCAGUGAUUCCUGUAAACAAACACAAACUCCUUAAGCCAGAGAGGAACGCCUUCUGUGGCAAAAGGAAAUGGUCACACCGAGACAAAGAUGUCUGUGAAAUGAGAGAGAGAUCAUUCAGUGGGGGAUGUUCAUCGAAAUCUUCAUACUUCAAAAGUGAUUUGAAAAACAGGAAACAUGACACUGAUAAGAAGAAAGACUCGAUUCUGCAGCCAGGGAAGAUAAUUCUAAAAUCUCCAAAUUUGGAAGGUGUGAAAUCUUCAUCUUGUACAAAUGCACUCUUUCUACCAAGCAGUUCCAGCUUUAAUUUUAUAUAUAAAAACACAUCAAAAGGUUGCACUCCUAAUUUCUCUAAAAUGACAGGUUAUAAAGUAACAACAGAUUUACCUCCUGUUUUUGAUCCAGUUCUGAACAAAAACAAACUGGAUUCAAAAUACCAUAGGAAAAUCAAAUUGUUAAACAAAACUCAUCCAUCGAAUACACUAAGAGAUCCAUUACAAUUUGAUGACACCUGUGGCAUGGAAUGUACGGGCAACGAGUCUAGUUCAUUGAGCAGUAGUGACUCUGAUGGAGUUGUCACAAAUGAUAGUGACAGGGAAGGUGAUGACGAACUCACCGACUGGCCUGGAAUCGAAGAACUCAAAGUGUUUAACAAGAGUCUCACUUUCAAAACAACCAAGACUGUAAACAAUCAUUCCCAGAAAUCGAUCAGUAACAUGCCCCCACCUAAACGCCUCAAAAAGGAGAAUCAUCUUGUGAAAAGCGGUUGGAGUAAAAACAGACUUAAGAAAAAACGAGCCAAAGUUGACUCCGGAAACGAUGAUGAUGCAGUAAUGUCCGAUUCUAAAACCAUUGUUGACGUUGAAGAAGAGGCAACCUUUAGAGACAACAUCCUCCAGCCCCAUUCCACAUUCUCGAGUUUCAGUGACAUUAAAAAGGCCGGCGGGUCCGGUCAGAAUGUGAACGAGUCGUUUUUUCAGGCAUUUCAGGCGUUUGAGGAAAAAUCGGAGGAGCCGCUUAAUCAAAUGCCGCGAACGGAUUUCUCUCUACAGAAAACAUCGUCGAGUGAUAUGAAUUUGAGCGAGAAAUCUCCUCAGAGCGACCAUAAUAACAGCGAACAUUCUAUGGGUAUAUCUUCGGUCGCAGAGGUGAGAGAGAUAAGAGCCGGCUGCCGCAGGAUACGCGAGGAGCGACCAGGGUUUCUGAUCCUCAGCGCUGCUAAUGAGCGACUCUCGAAAUUCCUUCAGGAUUCUUGCCAAACUGAACUAAAGCUACCGACUUUAAACGACCCAGAAGAAAAAGAAAAGUUGGCAUCGUUAGCCAAAUUGUACUCUCUGGAAUUACAAGUCGAAAUGGGUCGUCCUGUUUUGCGGAAGACAAGAGUUGUUUUUACCAACAGUAAUACGAUGCAAGCAGUGCGCGUGGAACAUUCUUACAACAAUUUCCCUAUCGAUCACAAGCGCCGUUGUUACCGAGACGAGACCGAUGCCAGUCUGAGCCUCAGCGACCAGAACUCUGUCCCGUCAGUCGAGGAGCUGGACGGCUCGCAGGUGGCGCCCGAGACUCCUAAAGACGACAAAUCUGAUCGCGCUGAAUACACGUUUUCGGAAAGGUUCGUGGAAAACUCGUUUUUACAUUUACAUGCCCUAAAAAAGUGGAAUAUAACUAUGUUCGCCGAUGACAACGACCAAUAGUCUUUUGUUUUUUUUUUAAUGAUAACAUCAAACACCCUACUUUCAAAGGGCUGUAACCUGGUUAAAUUAUUUAGAUAUAUGUAUGUUAUGUAUAUGAUACAUGUUAGAUGUUUUGGACAUAGACAAUUUAUUAGAUGUGAUUUUGCAAAAAUCAUUUAUUCUAAGUAAGUAAGAGUAAGUAAAAAUUAAGAAAGGCCAUGGAUGUUUAACUUAAUUGCUUAUACACAAUUUUUCUAUGUGAUAUGUGUCGAUAUACAAAACCAUUAAUUUUGUAUGAAAUUUCCUAUGAAUCAAA